GGCGCCGCGUCACGAAGGGUACUUCGAACAAACUACACACCUUCAUGAACGGCUGUUUUCGCUCAGUACUUCGCUCAAGACCAGAUGGCUGGCCUGAAGAAAACAGCAACAGUAAGGGAUCUCUGGGAGCGAACCAACCAGGAACCGAUGGGGCAACAAGUCUACAGGAACAAAUGGAGGUGGAUUGGCCAUACUCUGAGGAAGCCAUCAAGUGACAUCACUAGACAAUCCCUCGAGUGGAACCCGAUAGGGAAGCGGCGAGUUGGUCGUCAGUGUGUGGGUGACUUGGAGGAGGUCAUGUGGAGAGGAGAUGAAAUUAUGUGGGGAGACUUGGAGCUAGGUGAAAACUCUAGUAGAGAAUCGAACGUAAUGGAGACGUGUGGUUGAAGCCCUAUGUUCCUCUAGGAAUCAAAGGAAAUAAUAAUAAGUAUCCGGUUAU